CCGGGGGGCAGGGACGGGGUCUGCUUGUCUCUGAAAAUAGGACAGGGGGGAACACGAGAGUGCGGUAGGCCUGGUGCUGGAAAAACACCCGUUGUCGUCGUGCUGAGCAACACGGAUUGCAACAUCGACCGUCCUGUUGCUACAUCUAAGAUGACCGAUAUCUCACUGCCUGGUUCAGAGGAGCAGCACGGACGUAAGGGAGACUCUGUAGGAAAAAUCAUACCUGUUGAUCUUCUAUACGUAACCAAACAAACCCUGGACUAAUGGAGGAUCUGAGGCACACGAUUGGGGUCAUGUCACAGACAAUAUGCCCAAGUUUACGGACUCCAUCUGAUGAGGACUUAAAGGCCCAAAAUAAUGGGAAAGUGGAGGAGAAAAUGCAGAUGAAGAGAGAAAUCUCCCUCAUGAAUGGAAUCUGCCUGAUUGUUGGCAACAUGAUCGGCUCUGGGAUCUUUAUCUCACCAAAGGGUGUACUCAUGCACAGUGCCUCUUACGGGCUGUCGUUAUUGAUUUGGGCUUUUGCAGGCAUCUUCUCCGUGUUUGGAGCGUUGUGUUAUGCAGAACUCGGCACCACCAUCACCAAGUCUGGAGCUAGCUACGCCUACAUCCUGGAGGCAUUCGGAGGCUUCCUUGCAUUUAUCCGUCUAUGGACGUCCAUCCUGUUGAUCGAGCCAGCCAGCCAGGCUGUGAUUUCACUGACCUUUGCCAACUACCUUGUGGAGCCUUUCUACCCCACUUGCCAGCCGCCAUAUGAUGCUGUCCGGCUUAUUGCUGCAGCCUGCCUCUGUAUGCUCAUCUUCAUUAACUGUGCCUAUGUGAAAUGGGGGACUCUGGUCCAGGACAUUUUCACUUACGCCAAACUCAUGGCGCUCUGCCUCAUCAUUGUUGUAGGAAUACUGAAAAUAUCUACUGGAGGAUCAAAGCACUUCAAUAGUCCGUUUGAGGGCUCUUCCACGGAUCCCGGAGCCAUUGCUUUGGCCUUCUACUCAGCUCUGUUCUCCUUCUCCGGCUGGGAUACACUCAACUUUGUCACUGAGGAGAUUCGGAAUCCAGAGAGGAAUCUGCCCCUGGCCAUUGCCAUCUCUAUGCCCAUAGUGACCAUCAUCUACCUGCUGACCAACGUGGCGUACUAUGUGGUUCUGGACAUGCCCUCAUUGCUGGCCAGUGACGCCGUUGCUGUGACCUUUGGGAAUGCAGCCCUGGGUCCGUUCAGGUGGAUCAUGCCUGUUUCAGUGGCCAUGUCCUGCUACGGUGGACUCAAUGCUUCUGUCAUUGCUGCUUCACGGCUGUUUUUCGUUGGAGCUAGAGAGGGCCACCUCCCAAACAGUCUGAGUCUGAUUCACCUGCGGCGCUACACACCAAUACCCGCACUGCUGUUCAAUGGGUUAAUGGGUCUGAUCUUCCUCUGUGUGGAAGACGUGUUCCAGCUCAUCAACUAUUUCAGCUUCAGUUACUGGCUCUACGUGGGUCUGUCUGUGGCCGGCCUCAUCUACCUGCGCAUCACUCAGCCAGACAGACACAGGCCUGUGAAGUUGAGCUUGUUCUUCCCCUUCAUCUACUGUCUGUGUAGCCUGUUCUUAGUCAUUGUCCCUCUGUACGGAGACACCAUCAAUUCUCUCAUAGGAAUUGGCAUUGCACUGUCUGGUGUGCCGGUGUACUACGUAGCCAUUUACCUGCCUGAUGAGAGGAGGCCCAAAUUCAUACGCAAAUUAAACAACUUUGUCACCAAAUACACCCAGAUGCUGUUGUACUGCUGCCUGACUGAAUUUGACACUGAGACAGAAGCACAAGCAGACGGUAAAACACAGUGAGCUGAAGACAAUCUGUCACUCAUCAGCUUUCUGCCUGAGGCCUCAGCCAUGUCCAUAUGUCGACGUUCAUUGCUCCCCAAACGCAGAAAAGCAAAGCCUUGCAUUGACAGAGUGGCGAGGCGCAGACCCACAACAUUUGUGAGGAUUACUUUUUCAAGGUCAAGUUCGAAAAGGCCUGACAUCCCAAAUGACUCACUGCAAAGGAGCCGACACCUGAGAAACUGUUGCUUUCUUCUACAAAUGGGGUGACCCUUUCUACAGAGAUCAAGGAAUAUCUUUUAUGAGGAUUUCAUAAAACUAUGGAAGAAAUAUGGAGCUCUUUUAAAAUUUUAAUUUUUAGAAUACAAUUUUAUUUUUUUAAAGUAGAAGAUGUAACUUGCUUUCUGCCUGACAUUGUUUGAAAUACACAUAUCAAAUUAUUGUUAUGUGGCUGGGAUCCUAUCAAGAAUCAAAUAUUUUUAAAAAUGUAAUAAGGUAUACAUACGUUCAAAUGUAAAACACCCACAACAUUUCUUUUGGACAAAUGUUCUGGGAUUGGUUCCAGUGCAGCACGUUAAGUUAAGUGCCGUGUUUACGGGACAUUAUUAUUUCAAUUGAAACUUUCAAUAUUAGGUUUUAUGAAUACAACUUUAUAGUCACCAUUAAAGUAUUUUUGGGUUUAGGUAGGAAUUUAUUCUGACCAUUUUAAUUAGGCUUUUGACAACACAUGCCCAACAGACAUGGGGUCAAACAAACUCAGAACUUCCAUCCAGGAGCCCAAUGUCUGUGUACCGUGUGAAAGCAAAAGUCAACAUUGGCUUUUUUUUUUAAAACAUUUUACGUAUGCUACAUAAUUAGAGCUAAAGGCCAGAAUUUGAAGUAGAGUGAGACUUCCUGCAGCUCUCCCUCUUCCUGCUCUGUCACAAAGGUCACAAAAAAUGCAUGCGCAAAACAGCCAAUUGGAACACUUUCUCUUAAAUGACCUGUGAUUGGCUAAAGUCUCCCGUCACGGACUAGAUUUUCUAAAGUCUCAAAAGUGAGCCAGGAGGAGAUGCAGAAGUCAUUUUCUCUCAGACCACUUGAAUUACAAGAUGCUUAAAAUUAUAAUACAUAAGUUAUGUAACAAACUUAUUUCAUAAUUCUUACUUUUUUAAAUUUCAAUCGCUUGUGUUGCUUAACGUUUGUGGCAUAAUGCACAGAAAUUGUGCAUAACUUUUUGUAAGAUAUCACACAAACCAUUGUAAGAGGAUACGUUGCAAAUGAUGACCAAUGUGCAUGGUACCAUUUAUUAGAUGUAGCAUGGUAGGUGUGGGACUUUAUGCCUCACAUUCAUAAACAAUCAGCCAGAUAAUCUUUAAAGAGAAGAUUUUCCAGUUCAGUAUAAUCAGUUUUAAAUCAGUUGGAUUAAAACAAAUGAUUUAUGUAGUU